AUGAGAGAGAGAAUCUAUGAGUGGGCGUUGGCCGACGGCAAUAAUGAGGAGAACUUCGCACACUGCAAACACCGCCUAUCGACCCCACUCCGGAUUCAGCGAGAUACCCUUCGCGGACUGAUGCGUACCUGCAAGCGAGUAUCGCAAGAAGUCCUAGAAACGCAUUAUCGCACUAGCCGAAUCAGUACAUUUGUGAGUAUCCGCGAUCUCAACCAGAUGAGAGAGGGAGAUCGGGCUUUCCACAAUCUAAGGUUGCGUCUUAAUGGAGACCCUCAAUACAUCAAACAGUUGGAUGUCACCGUCGACUGCACAGAACGACCUAAUUGGUUGGUUUCCCAACCCAAGAAUUUCGAAUUCAAGAGAUUCUGCAAGUUCUGCGUCUUCCAGGUCUUCCAGAACCGCAAAGGCGAGGAGUUCAACCAUGAAUUACAUCGCGAGUUGGAGGCAUGGGUCUGUCGCAAUUCUUUAGGGCAACAGGUUCGGGCGUUGUUACCACUGGGUGAUGAUGACGAAUGCGUACCUCGUCGCCCUCCUGCAUCGUUAACAAAUACAGAGACUAUAGUCCGUCUACCCCUCCUAGAAAACGUAACCCUGCGAUUCGUUGGAAUCGAGCAUGAUUUGAAAAGUUCAACACUCAACCAUGUCGUUACGCAAUUUCUGCAAGCUUUCAAAAGCAAGAAAGACUUUGCCCUCAAGUCCGAGUGCUGGGUCGGGCGGUCCCAACGAAAUAAUAUGGAUUGGAUGAAGUUCGCGAUGGGGAAACCUGGGUUUGGCCCCAAACCAGGUCGUGGCCGGCCUCAGCAAUGGACUUUCAGAGUGCCGCUGGAGAUGGACGAAAUCCCACAAGAGAUGCUCCGGUCUGGCGCGCCUUGGAGAGAUAUCGACAACGAGAUAAGGAGUAGACUCGAGAAUGCGACAGGGCUUCUCAGCAAGGACCACAACGGACUUCUAAAUACUUUUUUCAUGACCGAGAAUCGGCAUUCUAUCUGUCUCGAGGUCUGGGGGCACCGACGACUUGGUGAGAUACGUCCUGGCGAGGUCAUGAAAUCGCACGAGAAGGCAAUUAUGAAUCUGAAUCCUCUUGCGUGCAAAGACGACUACCAGUAUCCGACCUGGCAGCCGCCCGACCUAGCCGAAUCGAAGGACUCUCCGGCGAAAGAUUCAUAAAUUAGCUGGGCUUUCUUUUUGAUACUCCAUAUUAGAUAGAAUUCCUUUUACGUACUUUCAAGAUCAAAUAUCGACUGAGUCUGCCGCUCAUUCACUUCUGCGCUGUUGCUUCGUCAUCAAGACUUUCAAUCUCACGAGGCUUCAACAGAGGAUAGUGACCGUAUCCGUGACAUUCAAAGAUGUCCCUGCGUAUGGGCGUGAGAAGAUCGCACUCGUCCAGAAGUUGCCGUUGGGCGUCUCCUCCGCGCCAAGGCCCUUGUGGAAGUUUCUGAGGUUCACCACGAGGUUCUGUCGCACCUCAGACCGCAUCUCGACCAUCAACGGACUCUGCAGCGUGCUCUCCACUCAUCGCCAACCUGCAAACAGGUGGCCGGACGAAUUCUCUGACUUGCCGACUACCGCCGGACACAAGCGCCACAGUACUUCGUACAGGCCUCC